AUGCCUAUCGACAGUACCCAACUUUGUGAACAAUAUUUGUACACUACUGAUACCUGUGAUGUCUAUGUGAAAGCUCGUGAUAGUGUCAUGCUCCGCAAUGGUAGCAAUGAAUGGGGAGCCUCACUAAUCGCAUCAAUGGACCAGUUUGACACGUCAGUCAAAUAUGAACCAGCAAAGCCUCUUGAAGUAACAAAAACUAAGGACGAUUAUCACACUACAACAAUGUGCCAAUCGGCACAGUUUUCCAUGUUUGCAUCUUUACUAAAUGGGUGUCACACUUGUGUGACGCAAGGAAUUAGAGACAAUACGCAAAUGGACAGGUCACAUAUUUGUGACACCAAAACUAAGAAAUGCAAACUGGAGCUGAAAAUAAAUCACGUCAUGCCUUAUCCCAACUUUCUUAUCGAAUAA